AUGUUUUGGGGUGCCGCUGAUGUGUUUGAUAUCUUGCUUGUUUACCCAGAAUGCAACACACGACAGUCAACUUUCAUAAGUGAUAAGAAGUCGCCAUGCCUGCCAUGCUGUCGUAUAUGUGGUGAUUUCUCGUCGGGCAUUCAUUAUGGAGUGGUGUCAUGCGAAGGAUGUAAGGGUUUUUUCCGUCGAUGCAUCGCACAGAAAAAAGUGUUUGCAAAGUGCCUGAAAGGAGGUGAAUGUCAAAUACAAAAGUCCAACCGAGGCAGAUGCCCCGAAUGCCGCUACAAACGAUGCGUAGCUUCGGGGAUGUCCAUUCAUUCUGUCAGAGUUGGUCGGUACUCGAAGCGGCAGAAAAUCAAGAAUCAAGCGGAUGCCGAGAGAUUUAGUGAUAAGAACUGUACAGCAGAUGAAAAACUCGCCAUGGAUAAGAAUGAUAUUGUUUUAUAUAACAUUAUUACUAAUGUGAUGGUGGCGCAUCAAUUGACUUGCCAACAAUCAACGCAUGAAUGGGACUUACCUGGUGAAGCGUGUUUCCAUGACAAUGCCUCAUCUUUGGCUAUAACUUCCCUUUUGAAUAAUGACAAUGAAUUUGAUGAGUUACUGGAUAUUUUCACUACGUCGUGUUUUCUGACUGAUGUAUUGUCCCCCAGUGUACAUAAUGUUGUACAAUUUGCCAAGUCUUUGCAGGGGUUCAAGGACUUAUCACAG